AUGAAAGAGUGCUUCAUUCAUUUGGACUAUAUAUUGACUUUGACCGCGACUAAUGGAAGCCUAGUGAGCGACCAGAUACCUAUUGCUGGUGAGGGCGAUGUCGAACGAGCCAUAGAAGCCGCUCAGCAGGCAUUCGCACCAGGCUCCGAAUGGCGUCGCAUGGAUGACUUCGCUCGCCAGAAGGUGUUGCUUAAUUUUGCGGACCUGAUCGAGAGAAAUCAAGAAUAUCUGGCGUCGCUCACUCGAGUCACUUUAGGCGCACCAUAUAAACCAUUUGGAAAGUCGGAGAUUGACACUGCGAUAGGAUGUUUCAGAUAUUAUGCAGGAUGGGUUGGCAAGUUUGCUGGUCAGAGCUUCCCAGCGACUGAUGGCUUCUUUAAAGUCGUUCGAAACGAACCCCUCGGGGUGGUUGCAGGUAUCAUCCCCUGGAAUGGUCCGCUGGCGUCUAUAGGCCUCAAAGCCGCCCCUGCAUUGGCAACUGGAAAUGUCUUCAUCCUCAAGCCAAGCGAGAAGACCCCAUUAGCGGCUGCCGCGCUCGGGAAGCUUGCGAUUGAGGCUGGUUUUCCUCCUGGAGUUUUCCAGGUUUUGACAGGAGAUGGAAGCACAGGUGCCAUACUAGCCAGUCAUAUGAAAAUUGCGAAAGUAAGUUUCACUGGAAGUGUGCCAACAGGCAAGAGUGUUCAAGUUCUUGCUGCAAAGAGUAACUUGAAGAGAGUGACUCUUGAGCUUGGGGGUAAAAGUCCGGCAGUGGUCUUUGAUGAUGCAAACCUUGAAAACGCAGUUAAAUGGUGUGUCAACGGAUUAAUCAAUAACUCGGGCCAAAUUUGCUUCGCUGCGUCUCGAGUAUACGUCCAGGAGGGUAUAUAUGACAAAUUCUUGGCGGCUUAUCGUACAGCAGUUGCUGCGAAGCGAGAGGUAAUGGGAGAUCCCGAGAGUUUGAGCUCUGAGAUUGGGCCAGUCGUGGAUCAGGCGCAGUAUGAAAGGAUUUUGAGGAUUAUCAACACUGCUAAAGCAAACAAUGACGGAAAGCUCUUACAGGGAGGAGAGGCUCUGGGCACCAAGGGAUUUUAUAUCGAUCCUGCUAUUUUCCUCGACACUGGGAAGGAUUCAUCCAUCGCCAGAGAUGAGAUUUUCGGGCCAGUUGUGGUUAUCAACCGGUUCAAGACCGAAGAGGAAGUGAUUGCUCUUUCAAACGCAUCUCAAUAUGGUCUGAUGGCCGGAGUCUUCACGCAGGACAUCAACCGGGGUCUUCGACUAAGUGAGCUCUUUGACUCGGGGGUGGUUGGUGUAAACUGUGUUAGUACCAUUCACUUCUCUUGUCCAUUUGGUGGUACAAAAGAAAGUGGAAUUGGUCGCGAACUUGGAGUACACGCUUUGCAUGCCUAUACUGAGCCAAAAACGGUCUUGAUCAAUCUCACAUAUUGA